AGCUGUAGCGCCAGAUUAUACAAAAAUAACUGUUGUUGUUUAUUUGAUUAUGCAUUUUACGGAAAAAUUGGAACGUGUUAAUGAGCAGAAGGAGCCAUCACCAUCAAUCUAUGACGAAACAACGCAACACCCAGAUGAAACGGGUGAAUCUAAUAUGGGUUUAGUCACGGAGGCCGACCUGGUGGAAUACAUCUCGCGCGAUCAAAAAGUAUUUUAUAAAAGUCAACAAAUCAAUGAUCCUGAACUAACCGUAGAAGAAAAACUCAAUAUUUUGAAGGAAGUUUUAUCGAAAAGUCACACAACAUUUCUGUCUAGGUUUGGACACUUUAUUAAGGAGGAUCAUUUGCGAUAUUUCGAGCAAGAUCAGGAGACUUGCGGGUACAGCCCAGACGAACGUUACGAGGUGGAAUACUAUUUAGAGAAGAUUCGACGUUCGCAUAAUGGUGGCCGAGAACGGGAGAUACGCAAUCGAAGGUACGCCGCAUUGAAGCAACUGGUGCAGGAUGGGAGCUAUUUUAGCGAAAUGGAAAUGAUGCAACGGGAACCGUUGCUGUACGAACAGCUCGUUGGGCAGUACUUAACUGAGCAGGAACGGAAAGCACGAGACGCGGAAGGGUCAAAGAAAGACAGUUUGGUAUCGAUACUGUUCAAUGGCAUUGAUAAAGAUAAUACCGACGCGUUGCGCAAGGAGCAGCAAAGUGAGGAAACUAGAAUGGAACAAGUGGCGGCCGGUUGUGAAGAUGAGGAUGAUUCCGAGGAUAGCGGACGGGAGAACAGACCGGAAACGCCAGCUUUUUCGCGCGCACAAUGGGGUAACUUUGAUGUGGAAGAAGAGGAGCGAUUGAAAAAUAUUCAACUAGAGCGGGAUGCAGAAAAGCGCAACAAAAAGUAUUCCGUACCCGUUAGUAUGGUAACGGCUGGCGAGCGGGACCUACUGAGAGAUGAGUUUAUCGGGACGAUGUAUUCAAAAUUUAUAUCCGGGGAAGAUGGGGAGUUUGAUUAUUCAAAAAUUGAUGAAAGCGCCGAGUACGAAAAUUUGGACAUAAUCGAACAAGAUGAACAGGAGCGAUACUUUGACUCGGAGGAUACCGAAGGCUCUGUUCCACCGAAUGAUACCGUGCAUUCUGAUAUGCAAUUGGAUGAUAACGAGGAAGAUGAUUUGGAUAUCUACAUGAGGCAUAUUGAUCAACAUUUGAAGAAUCAACAAAACAUGGAACGAAUGAAUAGUCAGAUGCGUGAUAUAAACUGUGAAUACGAAAGUGAUGAUUAAUAAUUGUUUA